AUGUUUUUUCCAUUAAAUAAAAUAUUUUUCUUUUGUCUUUAUUUUCUUAUAAAUAUAUUAAAUUUUUAUAACUCUGCCAAUAUAGAUAAUAGCGUACUUUCAAAUACAUUAGCAACUACUUUAAUAGAAGGAUUAGAUGGAAAUGGGGCAAAUAUGCAUACCUGUGAAGCAGCUGGGUGUUCAUCAUAUAAAAAUAUUAUAAAAAAUAAUUCAGAUGAAUGUUUAUAUGGUUUUAUAUGCAAAAAAUGCAAAAAGACACAUGCAAAAAGUCCAAAUAUUUGUUUUUAUUCAUCAUUAGAGGGAUAUGAAAAUUUAUAUGAGGGAUUACUAGAGGAUUUUAGUAACACUAAGUAUGAUACAUUUAAUGUUCCUUUAAAUAAAAAAGAUGAAAGUGUGGAAAAUAAGAAUGUAUCAACAACAAAUGAAAAUAAAAAAACAGGUGAUGACAAUGAAAAAGAAGAAGAUGAAUCAGAUGAAAAAGAAGACAAUACAAAACAAAAAAAUAAAAAAGAAAAAUCUAAUUCAACGAAAAAGGAAGAAGAUGAAGAUAAAGAAGAAGAUGAAGAAGAAGAGGAUGAUGAAGAAGAAUCAAAAAAAGAAUUAAAAGAAACAAAUAAAAAAAAAAAUAAAAGUAAUGUAGAUAAUGAUGAAGAAUCUUUUUUAGAACAAUAUGCUGGGAAUAUAUAUUAUAAUUCAAUGAUAUAUGGGAAAAAAAAUAAAAGAAAAAAUAGAAUGUAUAAUCAAAGACAAUUUAAAAAAAAAUUUACCUCUUAUUCUACUUUAUUAGAGCCAGAUAUUGAAUAUAAAGUUAGAGAAGAAAAACAUUAUUCCUUAUUAGAAAAAAGUACAGAAGAAAAAAAAAUGAUACAUAGAAGAUUGAAAAUUAAUAUAAAUAAAUAUGAAGAUUACUUAAAAAGUAAGUUAAAUAAAUGUGAUGUUUCUGAUGAUGGAACAUUAACAAUUUAUAUUAAAUUAAUAUUUCAAAUUGUUAAAGAUAAAGAUGAAAUUUAUACUGAUGUUUCUAAAAAAAGUAUUAUACAUAAUGAAGGAGCAAAUGAUCAUUCAAAAAGUGAAGAUGAUAUUGACGAUAAAAAAAAAGAAAAUGAUGAAGAUCUAGAAGAGAAUGAAGAUGACGAAGAAAAAGAGAGUGACUAUAAGAAUGAGAAAAAUGAUUAUGGAUAUGAAAGAAAUGAUGAGGAAUAUGAAAAUAGUUCUUUUAACAAAAUAGAACAUUCUUUUAAUCCUUCACAUAAUAAUGAAACAGAAGAACCAGACUAUACAAAGCAUCAUUACUCACAGAAAAAUCAAUACGACGAUGCUAAUGAUUAUGGGUCAAUGCAUAAUAGAAGUUAUUCCAAUCCCAAUUUAAGUGGUUAUUCUUAUAUUGACUUACAUAAUUCUAAAAUAAAAAAUAAUUUUUUUAUAAAUGAAAAUAGUUUAAAUGAUAUAAAGCACUACAAAAUAGAAAAAAACGGCACAUAUAAAGAAUCUGCUAACAAAUCAAAUAGACUUGAUGGAAAUAUAAAAAAAGAACAAAUGGUUAAUAUUUUAAAAAAUUAUUUCCCCCCAAAGAAGGGAUAUUCUUUUUAUCAAUAUAAAUUUGGAGAUGAUUUAGGAGGGGAAGCUAUGGAAAAUUACUAUAAAUCAAACAAUGGCUUUUUUAAAUCUAUAUUUAAAAAAAUAUUUAAAAAAAAAAGAGAAGAUGAUGACACAGAUAGUGAUGAUAAAAAGCCGAAGAAAAAAGGAGGGCUUUUCUCAAGAAAAAAGAGAAAAAACAAAGAAGAUGAUAAUGAUAAUGAUGAUGAAGAUGAAAGGAAUGAUAAAGAUGAAGACCAUAAUGAUAAUAAUGAAGAUGAAGAUGAAGAUGAAGAGGAAGAUAAAUCUUUACAUUCAAAUAAAGGAAAGAGUAAAGAAAAAAGUAAGGAUAAAAAAAAAAAAAAAAAAAAAAAAAGUCUUUUUUCUAAAUUUAAAAGUAAAUAUUUUCCAAAAAAGCAAAAAUUACACAUAGAAGCUUAUUUUAAUAGUAUUAUUGUGAAAACAUGUAAAAAUUCUUUAAAAUGGAAAGGGAAAAUGUUCAGAAAACACUCAUUAAUUGAAAUGACAUUAAAAGUUCCUGUUAAAUUAAAAUAUAUAAAAAAUGAACCGUUAAAUUUUUUUAGAUCAGGUUAUGAAGUAAUAAUGACCUGCAAGAAUUGUGAUGAAGUAUUAUUUAAUUCUUGUGUACAAGUAUAUUGCACAAAAAAAAGUAGUAAACUUCCUGAUAAUAUAUCUAAUACUAUAUCUAAUUCUUCAAAUUUAAAUACAACAAAUACAAUGGCUUUUGCACCAAUUCCAUAUUAUAAUUAUGGAUAUCAGGAUAAUCUAUCUCUGAAUUACUUUCCAUAUGAUUAUUACAGCUCUUGUAAAAGCAUUUAUAUCAAAUAUUCCAUCGUAAUUUUGAUUUUUAUUACUUUAUUAAUCUAA